CCGCGCCCGCCGCGCCCGCCCGCGCGGGAGGAGGAGGAGGAGGAGGAGGAGGAGGAUGAAGGAGAUGAAGCAGAGGAGGAAGAAGGAGCGCACGUGGGCCGAGGCCGCCCGCCUGGUGCUGGAAAAUUACUCUGAUGCUCCCAUGACCCCCAAACAGAUUCUGCAGGUCAUAGAGGCUGAAGGACUAAAGGAAAUGAGUGGCACGUCCCCCCUAGCCUGCCUCAACGCCAUGCUGCACUCCAAUUCCCGGGGAGGGGAUGGGCUCUUCUACAAACUGCCUGGACGCAUCAGCCUUUUCACACUCAAGAAGGAUGCCUUGCAGUGGUCCCGGAACCUGUCAGUGCCAGAAGGGGAGGAGCUGGAGGACACAGCGGAUGCAGAAAGCUGUGGGUCCAACGAAGCCAGCACUGUGAGUGGUGACAACGAUGUGUCUCUUGAUGAAACCUCCUCUAAUGCCUCCUGUUCCACAGAAUCUCAGAGCAAGGGACCUGCUACCAGGGAGAGCUACAGAACUGCUUCCCAGACAACCAAACAGAAGAAAAAGACGGGUGUGAUGCUGCCACGGGUGGUGUUAACCCCGCUGAAAGUAAACGGGGCACACAUGGAGUCUGCCUCGGGGUUCACAGGAAGGCACGCUGACGGAGAGAGCAGCAGCACAUCCAGCAGCAGCAGCAGCUCCUUGGCCUUGUGCAAAACCAGCCUGCGCAGUCGGACAGAGAUAAACAGGGAUCCUCCACAGCUGCUGAGGGGCAUCCGAAAGCCCACGGCUGGGCAAAUGAAACGGAACAGGGGUGAGGAUAUUGACUUUGAGACCCCUGGCUCCAUCCUCGUCAACACAAACCUGCGGGCGUUGAUCAACUCCAGGACCUUUAACGCGCUCCCGUCGCACUUCCAGCAGCAGCUGCUUUACCUCCUGCCCGAAGUCGAUAGACAGGUUGGGGCUGACGGGCUGAUGCGGCUCAGCGGCAGCGCUCUCAACAACGAGUUCUUCACCCACGCCGCGCAGAGCUGGAGAGAGCGGCUCGCCGACGGUGAAUUCACCCACGAGAUGCAAGUUCGAAUCCGGCAGGAGAUGGAAAAGGAAAAGAGAGUAGAGCAAUGGAAAGAGAAGUUCUUUGAGGACUAUUAUGGACAAAAGUUGGGCCUGACCCAGGAGGAAUCCCAGGAGCAGAAUUCGGUGCAGGAAGAUGCUGAGAACAGGACAGAGCUGCCUGUUAAAGGAGAAGCAAGGCUGCCUCGCGGGCCGACCACGCGGCAGAGGGACGGACGCUUCCGGAAACGCUCCCGGGCCGACCUGCGGUGCCGGGCCAGGAGGAGCCUGUACAGACUGCGGGAACCCGAGCACACGGAGGCUCCCAAAGAACCUGCUCCCGUGGGGCCAGAUUCCUCCCUCCAUAAAGAGCCAAAGCCUGAGACAGACCUGAAGAAAGAGGAUCUGACCAGCCCCUCAGCUGCAGGACUGAAGGCAGAGAGUUUGGAGCUGAACCUCUCUCCAGAGACUUCCAAAUCACACAGCAAGUCGGAAGAUCCGUCUUUGGCAGCUGGGAACAGAAUUCCCAGUUUGCCCCAGGAGAACUCUGCUCAGGAGUCCAAGGAGCAGAAGAGGAAAAGCUUUGAGGAGUCUGCCUCCACGUCCUUCCCCGAAAAGAAGCCCCGGCUUGAAGAUCGUCAGUCCUUUCGUAACACAAUUGAAAGUGUUCACCCAGAAAAGCCACAGCCUACUAAAGAGGAGCCCAAAGUCCCACCCAUCCGGAUUCAACUUUCACGUAUUAAACCACCCUGGGUGGUUAAAGGUCAGCCCACUUACCAGAUCUGCCCCCGGAUCAUCCCCAGCUCGGAGCCCUCCGGCCGGGGCCGCCCCGGGGCCCGGACCCUCGCAGACAUUAAGGCCCGUGCUCUGCAAGCCCGAGCCCAGCGCGAAGCCGCCGCCAUCGGAGGAGGGGGUGGCCCAGGCGGGGGGAGAAGCACCGAUGAAGGAGGAGGUGGAGGAGAAUCCGGCAGGCGUUCCCAGCACAGGAGAUCCAAGAGAGCUCAUGGAAAGCGCGCGGCAGAUCUACAGCGAGCACAACUACAGUCGCCUGUUCCUCUGAGCGGAGGGAGGGCUGACUCUGAGGGGGCCAGCAUGAAUCCCUGCCUCUCUUCCAGACAAGACCCCUCUUCCUCAAAGAGCGAAGGGAGUGGCCUUCCAGGCUGUGCUGCAGGUGCUGGCUCAGGGGACACUCAGCCCGGCGAUGGGUCACCCAGGAGGCCAUUCUGUGACUCUGUGACUGGGUCAUCCUUGGACAGUGUGACUCCUGAGAGGCCGGAGGAGAGCCCUGAGCAGCUCCUCUGUGACCCAAGGACCGAACCCCCACCUUGUGCUGCAUCUCAGGAGAGCACAAAGCUGGGCUGUGCAGUUCCCGUGGUGGCCGGUCUGUGUUCUGGGGGGCAGGGAGCAGGGGUCAGUCCUACGGGAGACAGGGCUGUGGUGGAACUCGGAGGUGUUGGUGCUCCCACCACACAGCUGGAUUAUCCUUCUGAUGGAAAGGAAAAUUCCUCCAGUUGUCCUUUUCCGCCAGAGUUGUCAUCGGGUGGUACAGAACGCCAUGAUCCAGAGACGGUGUCUAGGUUUAGGCUUAACAACUCCAAAGCGUUUAUGGAAAAAUGUGUUGCUGAUACCUCCAAAACGGCAACUGCUGGAGUGAAGAAAGUGAUCCCUGUGGCGUGUGACGCUGCCCAGCUGCAGGCAGGGAAAGGCAGUGAUGGCAAACAGUGUUAUGAAGAACAAAAUGCAGAGGCCCCGGCGCAGCCCUCUGUGCUUGGUGGCUUCAUUUCUCAGAGUAGGAUAGACACCUCUGAAAAACUCCUGCAGCCGAGGGAGAGGUGCCCCAGAACUGAACCGGGAAACGCACACCAGCCCCUGGGAGAGACGCAGGAGCUGAAGGCAAGAGGAGAUGAGGAAGUCCAGAGUACCCACAGUGAAACUACAGACACUGCGUCUGACUGGGAAGGGGACGUGCCUGAUGAGAACGUGGAGGUGGAGGUGCGCUUCAGAAGUGUCAGCUGCAGGGAGGCGGCUGGGAAAGGCUCUUCCUGUCACAGCAGCAGUGAGAGGUGCAAUGGGAUUAGGUCAAAAUCGUCUGUGGAGGCAAAUAGUCCGGCCUGUGCUGGGGACCCUCCUGCACCCCCGUCCCAGAGGUGGGGACCCCCCGGCUCUGCUCGGCCCGCGUCCUCCAUCGAGACCAACAACCCCCUGGUGAUGCAGCUGCUGAAGGGGAAGCUUCCACUGGAAGAGGUUCUCCCAGUGUCUCACGUCGACAUCAAGCUGGAAAUUGCGCAGCCGGUGCUGGAGAAGCAGUCGGAAAGCCUCUCCCUGCAGCUGGACAGAGGCAGCAGUCGCUACUUCGGCGAAGAAUCUUCGCCAGAGGUAGGAAUAAAGACAAGUGCCCGAAGCAGGAGCGAUGACAUCCACUCAGUGAGAUCUUCCACAGAUCCCCAGGAAAAGACGUGUGGAUCGGGGGCAGCAUUGCCUAGAGCAGAGGAUCAGGCUGUUCCAGAAAAACAUUCCAAAGUCGACUCGACUUCAAGCUGCCAAGACCAACUGGCAAAUGUGGCAAGUGCCUCUCUGAAGCCUGAAGAUGUGGGCCCUCGGGAAAGGCAAUUUUCUUCCUGUAGCUUUGAGGAGCAGAAGGAGUUGUCCAAGGUCCACCGGGUGCCACAGCACAACCCGUUAACGAGUGUCGUGGCAGGUAAGAGCCCGGAGCAGCUGAACGCCUGUACGGAGCCUCGGUUUUUAUCUCCAGCUGUAACUGCUCUUGGACCAAACCAGACAGGAGGUGCAUCAGUCAAUAAAAAUUACAGUGGAGGUCAAGGCAAAAAGCUCUUUGGUUCUGGUUUUCCCUCCAACCCCAGCGUGAGGCUGCAUCAUUCCAGGGCUUUGGAUCACGGUUCAGCCAUGGGAACCUUGUCGCCCAACAAACAGAUUCCCUUGGACAAGGGCUGUGCACUGGGAGAAGGAAUCCCAGCUGCCAGGGAGGAAUGGACUUCAAAGCAGCACAGCAGCACUCCGGGAGGGAUCAGAAAUGAGAAUGUGCUGGUGUGUGGCAGCCCAGCCAAGAGUAACGCAGAGAACAGGGGGGACGCAGCCCAGCACCCCACGGAGCUGGCCGGGCACACACAGAGCGAGCCACUGGUCAUGGACUGGCCUUUCUUCAAGUUUUCAAGGGAUCCAGGGAAAGGACAGAGUCACCCUUUGGAGCCUUCGUCCAUCCCCUCUCAGCUCAAUAUCAAGCAAGCGUUUUAUGGGAAGCUUUCGAAGCUGCAGCUUAAUUCCACCAGCUUUAAUUAUUCAUCCAACACUCCGGCUUUCCCCCGGGGCCUCACUGGGAGCGUGGUGCAGCUCGCCCACAAAGCGAACUUUGCAGCGGGCCGGGGCACGGCCCUGGCUGUGCAGAUGUUUGCUGACAGCAGCAGCGUGGAGGAGAUCUCCUUCCAGUGCUCGUGCAGCCUCAAGGCCAUGAUCAUGUGCAAAGGCUGCGGCGCCUUCUGCCACGACGACUGUAUAGGACCCUCUAAGCUCUGUGUAUUGUGCCUUGUGGUGAGAUAAUAAAUUAUGGCCAUGGGACAGGUUGUAUAUUCAGUUGUGUGUAUUUUGAUAAUGACUGAUCCUAACGCCUGUACACAAAAGUACACAAAGUACUCUCUGUUCAUAGUAGAAACGCUGUUACACUUUGUUUUGGUGAGGAGAACGUUGACCUGCCUUUCCCGUGGAGAUCGACAAUGCAGAGCCUGUUCCUGCUCGCCGUGACACCCUGGUCUGGGUGGGCUGUGCCCCGUGGGAGUGACCCUGCUGCUUCCUGCUGUCCUGGAGUUGCCAACUGUGCUCUGGUACCACAUGCUGAGGCUGACGCCGGGGGGAGAGGCCGUUCGCUGUGGCAAUCCAUGGACCCUCUGUGGAGGAAAUCCUUCCAUCCAAAGGAACUGGAAGAGGGUGUUUGCUAUUUCAGGGCUGUGUGAGGUGAGGCCCUACAGUCUUCCACUCUCCCCUUCUGCCAUCUCCAUUCCUGGUUUGUGUGGGAAGUGCUGCUGUGCAGUGAGUGUAAGCAGAGAGCUGCCCUGCAGUGAUGGUCCGGCGUGGUUUUUGGAUGCUGCAGCAGACCAUGGUGCCCAGGGACGUGCCCCGCAGGUGGCUGUGGAGCCGCGUACAGCCCACCGUGUGCCAGAUGGAGCUGAUGUGGAGGAUGCAAGAAGAAGAGGGGGGAAAAAAAUUUGGGGCAAGUGCCAAGCAAAUGCCUUCUGCUGGCCUGCAGGAAGCUGUGUGGCUGGGGAACUGCCUGGCUGAACUCCUGGCCCAGCAGCUGUGCCUGCCUCCUUUGGCCAACUUCCACAAACUGCUGUGGAAUGCUGGAGGUUCCCUGGAGCUCUUGGCUGUGGGCAGUGCGCUCUGCACUGCAGCCCUGUGGUGAGGACCUGAACCCCACAGCAGCUGAGCUGCAGGCAUCUGUGUGACCAUCACCUAACAUUUUAAGCAGUGUUCUUUCCUCUUUUCUUUUUCUUUUUUUUUUUUUUCUUUUUUAACUUUUUUUUAUAUUUUCAUUCUUGGAUGUAUAAAAUGAAUUAUUUGGCUCCUGUAAGUAUCCUCUCUGCAUCUGUUUGAUCAUGUAUUUAUAUGUUGUACACAGUACUGGCCAACUCUGUAAAUGGAUGUAAUGUACAUAGAGCAUAAAGGGGUCUUUUUUCUUUCUUUUUUUUUUUUUUUUUCCCCCUUGGAUUUUCAGGCUCUACAGCAGUAUUGCAUUAAAGUGGUGUUAGUUAUUGUCAGAGCCACUGUAUUCUGUCUUGCCUGACAUGAGGCUCACCACACAGAGGUGUCUGGGUUCCGACAGCCUCCCCGUGCCCGGGUGGACUGUGCUGUGCGGGCUCAAGGAUGACCAGGUGGGAUUUGCCGACCCCAGCAAGUUCACCGGUUCCUCCUCUAAGCUCUUGGUGGUUGUUGCUGCACCCGAGCUCCCAGGGAUUGGCUGUGCCUGUGCUGCAGGAAGGUGAACGUCCUUGUGCAUCCACAGAGGGAGAGCAAAACUGCAACCCUCCUCCUCUUCGGAGCAAUUCCUCAUCAGGAGCGAAUUGCUUCAGUGAGGGGGAGAAGCCGCUGGUUUAUUCAAGUGGGCAGUAGCAAGAGUUUUUAGGGGGUUUAUUUUCAUUUGGUUUCUUCCUGUCCCUCUUCCAGCUCCAUCCUACCUCCCUUCACCAUGCACUUUUUUUCAGGCGUGCAAGUUCCUCUUUUCAGACACAAGCCUGAGGGGUGCAACAAGUUGAGUCCCCAAGACGGUUUAUCCUUAAUGCAUCCAACAGCCUCAUCCCAUGGGAACGAGAGCCCGGCCCGCGUGGCACCCCAGCCUGGGCAGGGCUGCGAUGUUGGUGGGGGCGAGCGGAGGUUUGGAACCUGCUUACCAAAGAUGGGGGGCUGGCUCUGCCUCCUGGGGGGCCACUGCAGUGUUCAGCUCAGACUGGUCUGGGGGCAGAGCCCUCGGGGGGAGGGGGCCUGCUCGUGUCUGUCCCUUGUGCUAUUGGAAAAAUAAACACUGUAAAAUCUG